AUGACGUCACACCCCCCCCCCCCCCCCCCCCCCCCGCGCUCGAAAAGCAAGGGGGGGGAGCACCACGUCAUCGAUCGGACGGGUUCGGUCCGCGAAACGGGGGGGGGGGGGGGGGGGGGAGCGGGGCUGGGUCGACCUUCCGGCGCCGUCCGUCGAGAAUGGUCACCAGUGUUCGCCGUUGCACGAAUGGACAGGACCGUCCGGCUAAGUACCACGAGACCGCUGUCGCUCGUCGCUCACGCCGCGCCCGGCGCCACGGUGACCGAGACGGCGGCGGAUCGAUGCGGGCCGCUCGCGUCGACCCUCUCCCUCACUCCGCCCGUUGUGCGAGCGAGACGGCUGCGGGGCCACGCAGUGCGCGUGCACGCGAUUUCUUUU